AUGGACUCCACAGGAACCAGAUCGACUACAUCUAUGGAAAGGGUAGAUGGAGAGGCCCAGGGCCAGCAGCUAAGGCUGGCUGUGACACAGGUCAUCAAUUAUGCAUGUGCAGUAUUGGACAGAAUUAAGGUGACAUAUUCUAACUUUAAGAACCACUUAGUGAAGGGGCAGUCGGCUCUGGUUCCAGUUGCCAGUAGCCCGAUGACCACAAGGUGGCAGCAAAGCCACACUAGGGAUCUGGCGGCAGAGUCCUUUGGGGAAGAGUGUUCCACCAAGGCCCUCGCAGCAUCUCCUGGGUCAGAGCUGAAGAUGACUCUUGAGAAAGAGACCUUGACUCCAGGUGAGGUGCAAGAGCCACUGAAGACUCCCAUCAAAGGGAACUUUGAAACCAAUAACUCUGUUCUCCAUUUCUGCAAGACACCUCAGUCAUUGGACAGAAGCAGGAAGGAAAAUGCUGACUCCGAUGGCCAGGGAGGUCAACAGAACAUGGAAUCUGAGAUGCUGGGUCCGCAAUCGGGGCCACCAGACUUAGCUACCUUUACAAAUAAUAAAAACAACUUUAUAAGCCAGUCAGAGCUGAAGAUUCACCUUACUGGUCUUCGGAAUGACAACUAUCUAAAUAUUUUAGAUUGGAGUUCCCCAAACCUUGUUGCUAUGGCCCUUAAAUCUUCUGUGUACAUCUGGGAUGGUGAAAGGAGCAAAGAGAUGGAAAACAUAGACUUAAGCCUCACUUGUAACUAUGUGAUUUCUGAGUCCAGGCUGAAAGAGGGACCCUGUCUGGCAGCUGGCACCAGCGAGGGAGAAGUGCAAGUACUGGACAGAUAUUGUAGCUAAAAGCAGCUAAGGAACAUACUUGGGCAUUUAUCGGUUGUUGGGGCCUUGGGCUGGAAUCACUGUGUUCUCAGCAGUGGAUCGUGACUGGGAUGAGUUUAUCACCAUGGUGUUUGGGCAGCCCCAGGUCACGUUGGAACGUGAUAAGCUGUGUGCGCUCUGAAAUGGUCCUCAGAAAGCAAGCAGCUCUCCUGUGGCUGUAGUGAUGAACUCUUGACUAUACCGCCUCAUGAUCUAGGGGCAAAACAGAGUCAACCACUACAAGUUAUAGCCCAAUCUACUGCAGUCAAGGUGAGAAACGCAACAGUCUAG